CCUUCUUCCCACCUCCCAUGUAUCGCCGAUGUCAGUACGCCAGAGAAAUUGGGUGGGGAGUGCGAGAGCUCAGCUGUUUCACUUGGAGAAAUCUCCAGAGCGGAGCACAAAUCAAGAGAGGACAGAUCUGGCAGGCUGCUGAAGAUCAAGCAACACACCGAUACCAAAAUCCAUGGCAGCCAGCUCCUUGGGUUCUUGACUAUCAAGGCCCUGGUGCGCGGGCCCGGCUGGCCUGGGACCUGGCCAGACACAAAGGCCGCCUUCAGCCCCCCAGCGUGUGGGCAGUCAUGAUCCACACUCCUCCCAGCCACCAGGACAAAGGGAAAAGGUUAUGUAAACUGAAGUCCUCCAACCAAGCAUCCAGCUGAAAUUGGAAUGGAAAGGUGGUAAAAGGAAUGUCCACUUCAAAAAGAAGUUAAAUUAGUUCAAUUUUCCAAGCUCCAGAAGAUGAAAACAAGAAGCACAUGCAGAACCUCAUAUUAUCAAAUACACAAUCAUCCAGCAGGUGGAGACUGCAAUUAGAAACAGCAGUAAAUAUCUUCAGGCCAUCAUAAGCAUUAGAAAUGAGAUCCUGCGAAAGCAGUUUUGCUAAUUAAAUAAAAAAUAAGGAAAAAACUCAUAGUGA